AUGAAGGAGCGCAUCACAAUAACCUCAUGGAUCCUGUUGGCCAUGUUGUGUACCGCGCCAAAGGGAACCGUCGUCUCCAGCCAAGAUUUCGGCCUGAAAUUGUUCGCCAAUGAAAUGAGUGUAUCAAGAGGCUCGCCAAACAAUCAGACGAAUCCAGUUGAAACCAUUUUCACGACCAUUGGUAUCGCAGCUUCACUCAUCACCAUCGCAGAAGUCAUCAACCGAAGAAUUUUACCGCAACCGACGACGUUGUUAGACGCACUGGAUGUGGUCAGGAAACUGGAAGAUCUAGCUAUUCCUGAUGAUGGUCGUCAAUACAAAGAUGCAGAAGAUACAAUUUUAAGGGCCUUGUACGACAUGACGGUCAUGACGACCAAUAACGCGUCCGAACUUCAAACAUUGUGGUGGCUUGAUCGUGCAAGGUACCUCGAUGGAGACAUCGUUCUCUUGAUGGAAGGUUUACUCGGCCAACAACUUGCUGGGUCUGAUUUAAUGGACAACGUUCAAGAUAAUCUCAAAUGCGACGCCAUUCAAAUUUCAGAAAAAUUUCGACGUUACAACGAUUUGAUUGAAAGUGGGUCUAUAGCUUUCAAUUAUUUCUCUGGACUAGGAAAUAUGCCUGGAUUGGAAGCAAAUAGAAGGAGAGUGGCUAUCAGAGAACGCGAUGUUAAAAUUCGUGCACGUAACGAAGAACUUGUUGGCGAAUGUUUCCAGCGACAACUAAGUGAAAUACGGAGCGAGGAAUCGACAACAGAACAAGUUGCUGAACAGGUGGCACAAGUUAUGGCCACCCGAUACCCAUUGCCAACGCGAUGGGUCGUCGCUGUUUACACGGACGAGCGGGAAAUGUCCAUCUCACGUGCAGCCAUCAAACCGAUCAAACCCAAAUUGUCUGCCAAUUUCAAGGUGAAAACUGCCAAUGGCUACCAUGUUGCAUUGUUCCCCUUUUUAGAAGGAAAAGAGCCUCACCUGAUCGACGGUCGACGCAUUGACGAAUUUUGCGACCGACCCGUUCAAGGAGCCGGUCAAAUGCCAACGUGUGAUGUUGGUAGCACUGAUGGUGAAUACGUAUACGAUGAGUUGAGACGACAGGGCAUCGUUCCGGAACCUCUUGAUCUUAUUGUUGUCCCUACCGAGGGUCAACUGAGUGUCAGAACUGUGCCUCUUGGCAGUCUACCUCCCUUUUUCGCCAAGAAAUAUCCUGAUUUCGACAUUAUUGUGUUUUAAUUUAACCCUAUAGAAGUUUGAAUGACGAGUAGCCGACCCGUAUUUAAAGAUGACGUGUUACGAUUGUGAGUUACUUUUGCUUCAUUUGUGCCUAUUUAUUGCUAU